GUAGGGACAAAUAAUCACCAGACCAUGUUGGUGACACGGAACGGACGGCUAUGUUACCGGGAGCUCAUAGGUUCGCGAUAUAAAAUCCAUUGUAAUCAAAUCCAACCAAUUCAUACUCAUCGUGUCAAGCAGCGAACGAAGACCGUGGAUCGUAGCUAGCUUCUUGGUCGUCAUCGUUUUCGUUCCUCCCAGUGUGCGAGUGUCCUACCAGGAAAUGCGUUCGUUUGUCGUCAUAUUUGCGGUGGUGUCGCUAGCACUCAGCGGCACCCAGUGCCAUCCGCGAUCCGCGGCCGAACUUGCCACGGACAUCUACCGUACCUGUUUGGCCAGUGAACAUGGGCUCAAGUGUGCUAAGGCGAAGGCUCUCGCCUGGAUGGCGAAUGUGGCUGAGCAGGACGAGAUUCCCAUCACGGAAUCGCUCACGAUUGUGCGCACCGGUACGGAGGAACCGGAGCAGCCUGCUGAUACUGAGCAGCAGCAGCGUAGUGCUGGUGUAGUGCGACUGCUUAACAACAUCGAUAGCUUCCUUUCGACACACGCCCUCAAGAUGACACCACCGGCUGUGCUGGCGUCUGAGGAGGCUCGUGCUUACAUCCCGGACACCUUGCUGCAGGGAGGACUCGCCGACAAUCUGGUCGUACCGCUCACGGAAGGAAACGUUGCGGAAGGACGUGGUUUUGUGAAGAAAGUCAUGAUUCCCUUCCUGCUGGGCAUCAAGUUCAAAUCGACCGUGCUGGUUCCGAUGGCGCUGGCGCUUAUCGCCCUCAAGACCUGGAAGGCCAUGACCCUUGGUCUGCUGUCGCUGGUCCUGUCCGGUGCCAUGAUGAUCUUCAAGUUCGCCAAGCCAAAGAUCGUCAACUACGAGGUUGUCCAUUAUCCACCACCUCACCACGUGCAUCACGUCGAUCACCACAUCGACCAUCAUGCACCGCACGUGCACUGGGAUGCACCGCCAGCCUGGAAGAAACGAUCCAUGGAUGCUCACGAGCAGGCCUACGCCGGACAACUGUAACUAGCGCACCGUUAAGAUAUUUAUUUCACCGACGAACAAUGAACGAAUAAAUUAUUUAUUUUUCUCAAA